UAAGCCUUCAAAGGUGCUGAAUGCGGACCUGAAGAAUGAACAGCGGUAGAAGGACCCUUUACAGUCUAUGAAGCAAAGCCAGGCCUCUUACAGUGUCUUCGAGGAUCGCAGCUGAGGAGAUCAUGGACGCCUCGAGCCCCAGAACCGAUGCUGUGUCAAUGGAGCCUAGUGGCAAGCUGUUUUGCUGUGGUUUCGUAAGGCGUUGCAUCCCUCUGGUGUAUAGAGAAGAGCUGUACCACAUCCUGCGCAUGACUGGACCCCUGCUUGUGUGCCGGUUCCUCAAUUUCCUCCUUUUCUUUGUGGUGACAAUGUUCUGUGGCCGUCUGGGAAACACUGUGCUAGCGGGCUACGCCAUGGCCUCAGCUACAAUAAACGUAACAGCUGCAGCGACGGGCUUGGGACUUGCUUUGGCAUGCGACACUUUGGUAUCGCAGACAUUCGGGAGCAAGAACCUUCUCCGAGUAGGCGUCAUCCUGCAGAGAGGCAUCGUAAUUCUGACGCUGUUCAGUUUGCCCUGCUGGGCUUUGCUUGUGAACACCCAGCCUCUCCUUCUCUAUCUGGGGCAGGACCCCGAGGUUGCCAGAAUUGCACAGCUGUAUGUGGUUGCAUAUUUGCCAGCAAUUCCGGCUAUGUUUCUGUAUCAGCUGCAACUGUCGUAUCUUCAGAACCAGGGAGUGCUCAAGCCUCAGAUGUACGCAUCUGCAGUUGCCAAUGUUGCCAAUGUGAUAGUGAACUACUUUCUGCUGUACUGGUGGGAUUUUGGAGUCUAUGGGUCUGCUGCCGCAAACACCUUUGCUCAGGUUUUUAAUUGUUUUGUCCUGUUUUUUUUCAUCCGCUGGCAGAAGCUCCAUGAAAAAACUUGGGGAGGGUGGUCUUCAGAAGCCUUGCAGGACUGGGGGUCCUACAUGAAGCUGGCCAUUCCAAGCACACUGAUGACCUGUUUUGAAUGGUGGAUCUAUGAAGUUGGAGGCUUCUUGGCAGGAAUGCUGAGUGAGGUGGACCUGGCUGCCCAACACGUGGUUAUCAUGCUGGCGUACAUCAACUUCAUGAUCCCAUUAGGGAUGCAAGGUGCAGCGUGUGUUCGUGUGGGAAACGCACUUGGCGCUGGGGAAACAGCUGCUGCCAUCCUCACCAGCAAGGUGUCUCUCAUCAGUGCAGCUGUUAUAGCAAUCUUUCAAGGUUUUGUUCUGGGCUCGACUAAAACAGUCAUUGGCUACAUAUUCACUUCCGAUGAGGCUAUAGCAGAGCUUGUGUCCCAGCUACUGAACAUUUACUGCCCUCUUCAGUUCUUUAAUGGAAUACUGGGUGUUGGCAUGGGCAUUCUUCUUGGCACCGGCCAGCAGAAGAUAGCCGCUAUUGCUAACCUCUUUGGCUACUACUGCAUUGGACUCCCAUCAAGCAUUGUUCUGAUGUUCACAGCUAAAUUACAAGUUGCCGGCUUUUGGCUGGGCCUCCUCAUUGCAGUAUUUUUGCUAGCGAUUUUUUUCACUGUGGCUAUUUUUAAAUUAAACUGGAAGAAAAUGACAGAAGAGGCAAUUGAGCGUACAGGAAAGAAUGCGAAUGGAGCAAUGACCCCGAGCCAUCGUAACAGCUUCUACCAGGUGGUGCUCAAUGCUGAGUUUCAGAAUGGGAAUGGAUACAUGGUUGUGAGCUCUCAAGACCAGGAUGAGGGGCUUAACCAUACUGUGGUGCACGAGGGGCCAAACAUGACUCAAGCGGAGGAAAAGGCCGCCGUUCUGCUCUCUACCUCUCAGCUGGUCCUCAGAAGGGGUCUGACCACCCUCGCAGCUCUUCUAACCCUGGCUGUAGGGUUAGCCGUAUAUAUCAUUGUGCCUUUACCUGAGGUGUCUUAUGGUGCUGCUGCAAAUUUUACUUUGGACUCAAACUUUACCACAGCCGUCCCAUCCAGUCAGUGAGUAUCGUUUGAAACCUGGACCUCAGAUAGAUUCAUUUAGAAUAUCUCUAUGCUGUGAACAUGAGAGGUAAUGAAGAACUUGUAUUGAAUUAGAAAAGUAGAAGCAUUUUCACAUUGGUCUCAGGCUGUAUAUUGUGACCUAGACAGAAGAUUAUAUUUUUAUUGUGUGUGCACUUGCUUUGUCCACAGUAUUAGGCCGAGUAGUAAGAAAAUCGAGCAGCUUAGCAGGAAAGGGUCUGUUCCCAAAUGACACAGUCAGAUAAUCUCUUCGGUUGACAUUUCUAGUCAGGCGGCUGGAGAAAUGCUGCCAAAAAGACAUUCUAUAAAGCCGCUGUCAUAUAUUGAGAAAUCUGUAUUAUUAAACAUGGUGGCAACUCGAAGCAAACUUUGUCAAUUCCACGAGGAACAUUCCUAAGCAAUCCUGCCUUCCUAAAUUAAGGGCUGUUCAAACAGAAAAUGUUUUUGUUGACUAGACAACCACGUUUAAGGACACCGGUUGGAUAUGUAUCAAAUAUUUUUCUUAAGGCAAUGAAUGAAUGCAAUCACAACUCUUUUUAAACUUUUUUUUCUAUUGAUAAAUAAUUAAUAUAAUCGAUAGGUUUUACAUUUUUUUGUACUGCAUAAACUGCAUACCACAUUAUCUACUUUUUUCUUUAAUAUUUUGACCAUCCCAAAUACUAAUAUAACAAUAUAUAUUCACAAAUGCUGAUAUACCUCUCCACAGCUGUGCUGUCAUAUUGUUUGUUGCUCACUUGUUAUGUAAAUGUUUGACCAAGAUUAAUGAAUCACAGGUGGUUAAACGGUCUGAUGUGGUUGUGACUCUGGGCUAACGUGUGGAAGGGUAAUUCAGCUGCAGUGAGCAAAGCGUGGUAUUAGUGGGGGUUGUCAUAUGCACAUCCCCACAUCCUGGGAUGUUGGUCCAGCAUGAAACAAAAGUUGCGAGUCUUUCUUCCAUGUUGCAACAUAUGUCCGAGUUAAACGAUUUUGAAAAAAAAAAAUGUAGGGUGGGACUUUGUCCACUUGAAAUUGAUUGGAUCGUUGUUUGCUAAUUGCUGAGAUAUGACAGAAUUGCUAAAGACAGAAUACGCAUGAAUUCUCUGCAUAAAAAAAUAUGUGCACUAAUAAAUCAUCCAUAAUAAAAAAACUGCGU